AUGGAUUAAACUUACAAAAGAAGCAAACGAACAUACAUCAAGAGUUCUUUGUAAACCAGAAAACUUUUAGCUGAACUAGUCUUAAUUUAAGGACUCAAAAUAAAAAAUGCCGCUAAGAAAUUACAGAUCAAGUAUGCAACUGCGAAAUCGAUCAUCCUAUAUUACAGGUAGAAUGUAAUUAAGAAAUAACAGAAUUACAAACCAACAAAGCAAUGUUCUUAUGCUUCAAUUAAAAGUGCUAUUACUUAUACUAUUGUAUCGAAAUUAGCAGGGUAGCAUGUAAAUUCAAGAUGUAUUCACUUCUUAAACGUUACAGAAUCUAAAAAAUGA